AUGACAGUCCGCAUCGCUUGGAUCGAACCUCCAGGACAAGGCCUGAAAGUGGAAGGCUAUCGAGUGUAUGUCGAUGGCAAGUUGGCUUAUGAUGGGGCAACGGACUCCGUCACGAGGGAGUUCACGCUGCUGAACUGCACACGCGGAGAGCUGCGCGACCUGGCGGUGGCUGCCGUCAAUGCCGGCGGAGAGACCUUGGUGCCGACGGUCAUUACGCGACACUGUGCACGCCGGCCCUUCAAACCCGAGCCACCAACCAUUGUGUAUGUUGACUGCGUCAAAGAAGCCACUCCUGACAGAAUGUUGAUCGACAAUCACAUCCGCAUCGCUUACAAAGAGCCGGAAGACAACGGAGGAGUGCCGCUGACUGGCUGGCGCAUUCAGCGGGCACAGGGAGAAUCAUUGGCUUUCCGGGGCGUCGGUCCUCUGUUCCCCAUCCCUGAGAAUGAAGUCUGGUUUGACGACUUCAACGACCUGGAUGGAGCCGGAAAAAUCGGCUUGGUUUGGGGGGAAAUCUACAAGUACAGAGUUGUAGCAGUUAACGACAUCGACAUCUGGGAUGACGAGAGCGCAUCCGACUACACGAUUGUACGAUGUUCCAACGAGGCACCUGAGGUUCCAUGGUGGCUGCAAUUAAAUGCAUCCACGACGACCACCACAACCACUGCCGCUGACAACCAGACUUUCGCUGCGGACUUGGUAACAGGCUUCGUUUGGAGCGCAGAGGCCACAACAACCACCACAACGCUGACAGCUAUGGAAAGCAGCUACGCAUUUGCGAAGCUGGCAGAUGUGGACCCCAGAGACUGCUAUCUGCCUCAGAAUGUUACCGAAGAGCCCUUCAACUUUUCGGCAACGAUCGUGCAAGCUUUAGAAGCUUUCGAGCUGCCACCUGCACCAACGCUCUCCGUCGCUUGGUCCGCGUGCAACACAUCGGUGAGAAUAGGAGAUCCCUGCAAGGAGUUCUUCCCAGACAGGCUGAUUGCCACAGUUCGGCCGUCGCAGAACGGCUUCUUGGCUUUCCCAAUCGGCUUGGUCGAUGCUUACACGGCUGAAACAUUUACUGCCUCCCACUACGACGGCUUCUUUGGCACCCGAUUCACUUGCUUCUUGGCCUACUGGUAUGAGGGGGCAAUCAUACUGUGUUUCCAGACUAUUCCGAAUCGCGACUUGCACGACAAGCAGCUAUACAGGACCUUCGCAGUCGAUGUCGAUUGCAGCAGGGAUGUCGGCUUUGCACCCUGGUUGAAGGCAGCUUGCUAUCUCCAGAGCUACCAGCCGUACUCGACUGCAGGAUCCGUGCCCAGAAUUGUCGAGGAUGGGGCGCAUGGCCUUUGGGGCUUCAACAGCGACUUCCAGAACGACACCUCGGCAGAGUUUCAGUGGACAUUGCUCCAGGACGCACAGCUCGUGGAUGUGGCAAACAAUUUCUCGCGAAUACAGGCGGAUAUCGGUCAAGUGGGCCCUGGCGAGCUCUCUGGCAAUUUCGUGACCUUCGCACAGCAGCUCAUCGGCUCCUACGACCCACGUGCCCUCCUCGGCUACAGACUGCUGCUUGGACUUGCAAAUGUGCUUUUGGAUGAUGGUUUGGGCGGACCCUUCCAUCUGGCCUAUGACGGCAUCGGCAGGCGCCUGACCAAUACUGCAAAGAUCUUUGGGCUUCUUCCGGAGCGCACCUACCGCAACGCUAGUGAUAUGGUGUACUUCAAGAUGGCGAUGCCGCUUCCCGCUCCGGUCAACCUUUCCGUGAGUUCCGUAUCAUUGAAGUCCGUCAUGUUGACCUGGAGAAUGCCUUACGCCGAGACGGCUGAUGCCCUUCCGUGGCUUGGCUGUCAGAGACCUAACAUCAAGGUCCGGGUUUCCCAGUACAUCGUUCAGAUGGCCAUGGAGCCCGACUUCAGCAAUUGGUUCGACGUUCAGAAUUCGCCCGCCGACAACACGGAGUACAGCAUCCUGGUGACCCAGUUGGAGGCCGACUUCCGCUAUGCCCUUCGAGUGAUGGCAAACUCAAAGACCGCGCCAGUUCAACUGGAAAAGAUACAGCGGCAACAGUACGCUCCUGCGAAAAGUAUUGCCACAGAUGCUUGCGGCAAGCUCAGAAGCAACGUGCACUUUUCCAUUUCAGGAGGGUUGCACCUGGCACACUGGUCUAGCCCGGUGCCGGUGCCGGGGACGGGAGCUGGAAAGGUGAUUGAGCAGGAAGGCUGCGGCGAUCGCUGCUGCUUGAAGGACCUCGCCUCGUUCAGCGCAUUGAGUCGGAAGUACUUCGGCGGCAAGUUUGCACAGUGCAUAAAACAGCAGCUGUACACACCAUCCCUUGCAGAGGCGGGCACCAUACAGAUUCAAUGGGAGAGACCGGGUGGUGCCAUGCUCGGCACAGGCACACGCAUGGAAGCUAUCACGACAGAUUGGGGUGCCCGCGGCUACAUGUGGGAUCCGGCCGUGGAGGAUCCAAGACUAGUUUUCGAUGGGCUUGGACAUGCCGAUACAGUGCAGUUCACAGUUGCAAAUGCCACAUGUGGUGGGCAGUACAAGAUUGCUAUGACUACCAUUACAACCAUUGGGGAGGGUCCCUUAUCUACUGUCUUGGACGUGACCAAUGCGAGGCUGCCGGGUGUACCUCGGAAUGUGGUCGUCACAAACACGACAACCUCAUCAAUCUCCAUCGCAUGGGAAGAGCCAGAAGACACAGGAUGCGUCCCAAUCCACCAGUACAGAAUCUUGCGCUACUAUCCCGAAGCUGGCUUUCGAGUCGUGGGCUAUGCCACACCUGCUGACGGCCUCCUGCAAGUGCCAGCAAAUCGCACUUACGUGGACGACGGUCGCUGCUUCUUCGCUAGCCCAGCAGAUGACGACGGGUCCUGUACGUGUCCGCCGUCAUGCCUGCAAGCAGGUCAACUGUAUCGCUAUCAGGUGCAGGCAUGCGUCUUGGGGGCCUAUGGUGUGGACACCUUGGAGCUCCCCGAGGGGGGCCCUUUGGGCUGUGGGCCAAACUCCAACACUGUCUCUGCCUAUGCCGCGGACCUCUCUGAAGCUCCUCGCGACAUUCGCUUGGGCGAGCCCGAAGGCAGUCAGAUUCUGUUGUACUGGACAGCACCGAGUACCGACGGCCUCAACGGCUCCAGCUUCACGUACGAGAUCGAAAUGGAUGUGGGUGGCGUUUUUACCACUUUGGGUCUGACGACAGACACAAGCUUUCUCAUCUCUGGCCUACAACUGCAGUUUGCCUACAUCUUCAGGAUUAGCACCUACAACAGCGCUGGCUACGUGACGCGCUCCAAUGGCAUUGGCUACACUGCGACACUUCCACCUGCUGUUCCGGAGCCAGCGAGCCCCAUUCCGAGGCCUUCCCGAGUCAGCAGCGCCUUCUUUCAGCAUCCUUCCAUGGCCUCGACACCAGUGCCUGAGGGCGUAUCACUUCGCUUCAGCGCCACUGCCGUCAAUGGUUAUGCUUGGGCAAUGGUUGUUGAGAGCAGUAACCUCGACAUGGUGACAGCGACUACGAUGAAGGAUGGCACCUAUGCCGUGGGUGGGGCAGCAUGCUACCGGGCACAGCAGGCGGUCGCGCGUGGAGAAGUUUACUUUUGGCGCUUGGGAAGUGACGACAACCCAUCAGACCCAACAGGAUGCUUUUUAUCCCAUGGCGGGACCUACGCCAUCGCAACCUACGUGCAAAGCGUGGCGAGCUUCGACGCAGGGCUCAAUGACGGGACGUUGUCGGGUCCCAUCGAGUUUACAGUAGUUUCUGGCCUUUCGAACACUUUCUACAACUCUCCGACGCUCAACAGUCCACUGACCGAGAGUGGAGUCACGCUGGCCUUUACGCCACGCAGGCCUGGAUACGGCUGGGCGAUGAUUUUGACGGAAGAACAGGCACGCUCAGCGACGAAGGAGCACGUCUACAAAUUGGACGGUGCUUUGGGUGGACCUUUCUGCAAACACGGUCCUCGACAGCUUUUUGCCAAUCGAGAAGAAGCGUGGGUCUUCUCAGGCUGCCUCCUGACAGUCGGCAAUCGGUAUACCGUUCUGGCCUACAUUUCCGGCAUUGGAGCACACCUGGACGGGACUGUUGACAGCGCUUCCUCAACUGCAACCAGUGCCAGCAACGCUUUCUCCACGUUCCCAACCAUCUCCGGCCCGCCCAGCGGAGAUGGUAUCACCGUGCAGCUGCGGACCAGGUCGAGUGGUUACCUAUGGCUCAUGAUCACUGUGGGACCGGUUGCACUCACCAUCGAUCUGAUCAAGGCUGGCGUCGGGGCUGUGGGCGCCAGUACCUGCCGCGUGCUUGCAGCGACUGUGGACGACAGCCUGCAACUUUGGUCAAAGUUAGAAGUCUCGCAGCACGAGGCAGCAGAUGUUCCUUUGCGCAGUUGGCUUCAGCCGAGGCAAUCCUUCGAUCUCUCGGCUUGCAAGCUGAAUUCUGGUCCCGAGUAUGCCCUGCACUCCUACAUUGAGGGCACGACAUCUUCAGGGAAUGAUGGCAGCUUUGCGGGGACCGUCACGUUCCAGGUGACUCCUUCGAACAUCUUUGUGCUCUACCCCUCCAUCAUCUCAGAGACCACAGGACUUGGCUUCACUUUCCAGAUGACCGCAUCCUUCGCUGGACGCUACUGGUUGCUUCUCCGCGAAGGCAAUGCGGCCAUCACGGUUGAGGCACAGCGACUGGAUGUCUGCCUGCAAGACAUUGCUCUCAGCGCCCAGGAGAUCAAGUCCGGCACGGGUGCGCUGGGUCUGGCAGAGUGCCAACGCAGCUCCGAGGUGUUGACCGCAUCACUUCAGGAGCUGGUCCUGACAAAUUGCCAGCUCAGCCAAGACAGACUCUACAGCCUGUAUGUGUACAUCGAGGAUUUUAAUGGCAACGAUGACGGCAUCAUCGCUGGGCCGAUCAGCUUUUAUGUCCUCGAAGCAAACAACUUUGAGGACUCACCUUUGCCUGUCGAAAACUCCGCCACUCUCGACGGGGUGCGACUAAGCUUCAUGGCCAGCAGAGAAGGUUUUGCUUGGGCAGCCCUCUUCGAAGACUAUGCAGAGGCCUUGGCCUAUUUUCUGGACGUCCCCACCUUCCUGGACCGGCAUGCUUUUGCAUUCGUGCUGGGGAAUCGCGUGCUGGCAUCUCUACCGAGGUAUUAUCCGACAAACAACGAAUCGUGCGCCCCAGCUGGGGUGCCCGUCCUCGCCUCUGGCAACAUCACAAACAUGACCCUUGCGGACUGCGGCUUGAACUACAGCGCAACGUAUUGGGCAGUGGUCUACAUUGAAGGCGGGAGAUGCACUAGCCUCGGGCCUGACGCGUAA